CCGCGCGCUCCCCACUGGGGCCAGCCCUCUGACUCCACAAGAUGGCGGCGUGGAGCGGGAGCGAAGCGCGGGUCUGCCGAGGGCGGCAGGGAGCGCAGCUGCGGGCCCAGUCCCCGGCCGGGGACACGGGGCCCACCGCCGCCCCCUCGCUAUGUGGUGGCUGCCUGAGCCGUGCCAUCCCCGAGGCCGGCCUGGGCCUGGGUUUGAGCCUCGGCCUCGGACUGGCCUGUCCGCUCUGCCGACAGGGCGACAGCCGGCCCGCCCUGUGGCAGCGGGGCCGCCGGAAGAAGCAACGAGAGCCGCGGCGGCAGCAGGAGACGGAGCAGCGGCCGGAGGCUGAGCCCGUGUUCCGUACUCCGCUGGUGUUGAGUAAAGCCGCCGACGUCCGCGACGAAUUUGAGAACCAACUUGGACAGUUUGAGGCGGAGGAGAGCUUGAAGGAGGAUGAUGAGACGGUCACGGCAGAGAUAAUUCACAUCAUCCUGGCCGAGGGGGAGCAGGAGCAGGAGAAGAAGAAGCUGACUGUGGCUGAGCAGCUGAAAAGGGACGAGCAGUUGGCACGGAAAUGGAAUCGAGAACUGGCUGCUGACAACAUGUCUGACUCGGAGAACGAAGAGCCAGCAAGACGGGUGACUACCCGGCAGUGGGGGAAAUUGGCCAACGGCAAACUGAGCUCCAGCUGUUCCAGUCGCCUCACGAGGAUGCUUCGUGCCAGCUCAGAGGAAUCUCGGAGUUGGAGUACACCUGUGGAAAAUAACCAGAUCCGGAGAGUAGUACCUCGUGGCGACAGUGGAAUCAAGGGACCUUCGCAGACCUUUGGCACUAAUGCGCUCAACAUCCUGUCCUCCUCGGAAAACAGCCGCCCCAGCUCAGCGCCCAACCUCAGCAUCGACAAGCGCCUUUCAGCGGAAUCCUCGGCAUCAGAGCCGGUAAAGUGGGACCGGUCGACCAGCCCCGACAGCAAUGACAGCAUCUCGGAGGAGCUCAACCACUUCAAGCCUAUCAUCUGCUCACCCUGUACACCGCCCAAGAAGCUACCGGACGGUAGGCUCCUCAAGCCCAGGAUCAUUAAAUCAACGCCCCGGAACCUGUACAGCCACCUGCAUAAGGCAGUGACCACCUACGAGGUGAGCCCCAAGAUCCUGGAGAAGUGGGGGCAGAUCCUUCAGGACCGGCACAAGGGGAAGACUGCUUCCAAGGGUACCCUGACUUCCGAAGAGGAGGAGGACGAUGAGCGGUCUGGCCGGCCGGUACCUGAAUGUGACAUCCCAGAGGUGGAGACCGCCACCGCCUCACACCCCCGCACCUCUCCUGGGCUCAGCCAGCUGGAAUCACGAACCUCGCCCUGGCCUGUGGACUGCUCAGACUUUGCAGAGGUGCCGGACUCGGUGCUGGAGAAUCUGGAGUGGGAAUCAGUAGGGGGCAGUGCCGGGGCAAGCCCCCUUCAAAACCAGAGUGCAGAGCGGAAGCAGAAUGGGGCUCUCCACCAGACCCCCACUUGUCCCGGGCGGAGGGCCUGCAAGGGCGGAGUCACCAACGCCAGCGGUGGCGGGCAGGACCGCCCAUCCUCUCGGUCACGCCCACACCACAGCAGGAAGCGUCGCUGCAAGACCAAGCACGCGGCAGUGGAGGCCAGCAAACGGCCGAGGCUGAGCCCGACGAGGAAUGCCAGCAAGGUGGGCAUGGCACUGACCAGUGACUCGGACCAGGCCCGGCAGGAGGAUGAGGAUCGGAAGCUGGCUCAGAGACUGCAGCGCCGGUUCGACCUGGAGCGGACCACGGUCAACCGGAGGAAGGGCAGUAAGGACAGUUACCCACUGCGGACAAAGGUCAUCUCCAACACCGACUAGCAGGGGCGGCAUUGCUCUCCUCGCGCCCCCAGCUCUUCCCGUCGCUGUUCCGUGUAUAGCCAUUACAGGAAAAUACAGCCCUGCAGUGCACACUCUCCUUACAAGCUGUGGUCUUGAUGCUUUGCCUAUGAGCUCAUCCGUUGAUUGUGCCCGUCGCCCCAGACAAUCGAAUUCUGCUGUUCAGUGGGCAGUGCUUGCUGAUGGUACACACUCCGACCAGGAGGAGUGGUGUGAAGCAACAGUACCUCACAAAUCACGUACCAGCCCUGCCUGUACUUUAUUUUUUAUACAGGGGAACAAUUUCACUUUUUAAAUAUUGUACAUUUCUCUUGGGUUCCAACAGGGAGUGGCUGGAUGGUGUGUGAAUCCUACCCCAUCCGGUACCUGGUGAGGGUUUGUCUAAGCCCAUUCCUGUUGGGGUUGGUUAAUGGAGAGCUGUGGUGUUCUGGCAGCUGUUUGGGAAAGGUCGGUACCUGUGUCAGGCACAGGUAUAAGAUUAGAGAGACCUAAAAAAGACCCGGGAAGUAACUUUACACAGAGGGUAGUGAGCUGCCGGAGGAAGUGGUCAAGGUCGGUCCAGUUGCAGGAUUUAAGCGGCAUUUGGAUAGGUUCAUGGAGGGGAGGGCCUUGGAGGGUUAUGGGCCAAACACAGACAACUAGCAGGAAGGAGUCUGUGGUCGGCGUCGACAGGUUGGACCGAGGGGCCUGUUUCAUGGUAUGACUAUUGACAGGGCUAAAAAGCUGACACAGUAGCCUAAUGCUAUUACAGCGCCAGUGACCCAGGUUCAAUUCCUGACGCUGUCUGUAGGAGUUUGUAUGCUCUCCCCGUGACUACAUGGGUUUCCUCCGGGUGCUCCGGUUUCCUCCCACAUUCCAAAGAUGUACGGGGUAGUUGAUGAAUUGAUUACAUGGGUGUGAGUGGGUGGCGUGGGAGGUCCAUAUCACUACACAGCAAAAUAAUCUCAAUCAGCUCCGGAUGCUGAUGGUGGUAUCUGAGCUCUCCUGUGGGCAAAUCUACAGCACUGUCCCCCACUAUCUCUCCCACUCCCACCAAAAUAUGUUGGUUAUCCAUCGUAUCCAACAAUGAUAGGAGACCUGUGUGGGAGAGUUCUUAAAGUGGAAAAGCUGUUACACUGGGCAGUUCCACUCUCUCGACCUUGGGUUCCAGGUCCAGAGGUGUGAGUAGUCAUCACCACUGGGGUCUUUCUUGGUGCCUUUUCAUGCCCUUUGCUCUCCACAGAGUAUUGCAGAACCGCCUCUGGGCCAUUGGAUCUCACUGUAGAUCUCAUCUGCCCAGUCUGUCAGAGCUGACUUUGUAUGCUACUCAGGCACCUCCCUAUCUCACCAGGGUAUGAGGCCACCUGCUACCCUCACCUGUCGAAUGUGGCCACUGUCGCACGCAGACAGCUACUUGGAGCCAAAGGUGAGUGAGCUGCCCCACAAUGGACCCGUCAAGUCCUUUCAACAGGCUUACUGUCCCUCCCUGGACACCCCAUACACCACCAAAAUAUACUACUCUCUUUAAGGGUUGAGGAGACCCCAGGCCACUUUGCCUGUCCUGCUCUGAAACUACAAGCAUACUAACAGUUAACUAAAAACCCACAUGGUGCGAUAAAUGACGGGAGUGAAACUUGUGCACCCUACCAUCCCUGCCCUUUGAAAUCCACAGAAGAUUUAUUAACACAGGUAUUUUUAAGGUUGUUUAAAAUGAUCCACUUGCCACAGUUUCCUCUGGGAUUCCUGACUGGAUUUGGCUUGGUAUGGUUUGCCUCAUAGGUGCUCUCUAAUGCUUUUUCAGCUGAGAAACAUUUGUACUAUUACCAGAAGUUGGUUCAGCAGGGUACCUUAUUCUGAACUGAUUUUAAAAUGAGCUGCUUGGUUAAUGCUGUGAGUAUAGUAAUGCAGUGUGUGUGAGCCUGAGGAGAUCCUCCAUUGUGGGCCAGCAACAAUAUAAUCUUUGUGUUUGGACACCACAAUUUUAGUCAUAGAUCAGCACGGGGAUAGGCCCAGCUAAGCCAUGCUGACUACCAAUCGUCCAUUUAUGCUAAUCCUGUUUUAUUGUCCUCUGUUCCCAUCAGCUCCCCCCAGAUUCUACCCCUCAUACCAGGGGCAAAUUGGAUGUAGCAGGAAAUAGGAGCAUCCGGUGGGAAACCCACACAAUCAGAAUCAAAUUUAAUUUUACUGGCAGAUGUUGUGAAAUUAGUUGUUUUUUAAGCACCAGUACAUUGCAAUAUGUAAUUUAAAAAUAUAAAUUACAGAAAGAAAUAUAUAAAUUGAAUUAAAUAAGUUGUGCAAAAAGAGCAAAAAUAAUGUGAGGUAGUCUACGUGGAUUCAUUGUCCAUUCAGGAAUCUGAUGGCAGAGGGGAAGAAGCUGUUCCUAAAUGUUGAGUGUGUGCCUUCAAGCUCCUGUACCUCCUUCUUGAUGGUAGUAAUGAGAAGAGGGCAGAUCCUGAAUGAUAGUGGUCCUUAAUGAUGGAUGCCGCCUUUUUGACACACUGCCUUUGAUGCUGGGGAGGCAAGUGCCCAUGAUGGAGCUGCUUUUUCUGAUCCAGUGCAGUGGCCCCUCCAUACCAGACACAGAGAACGUGCAAACUCCACACAGACGAUGCCCGAGGUCAGGAUUGAACUGGGAUCUCUGGUGCUGAGAGACAGUGACACUACCCGCUGUACUAAGUGCCAUCUUAUUUACUGCAUCAGUUUCACCAGUACUCAAUUCCAGCUCAUGCCUGAUGAGCAGGGGACUGUAAGACUCCCUGUUCUCGCCAUCUCGACCAGUUCAGAAUCUUCACUUGUACAGUGGACUGGUUGGAAUAAUCAAAUGACCGUGGAAAGUGGAAUACUUGCCUCACUUCCAGUACAGUCCUAAAGCCAGGGACAGGCUCGGACAGGAUUUCGUAGUAGUGCCCACUACUCUCUGUUGGGACAUUUGUUCCAUUGUUCUGCAGCCAGUGCAAAGUGGACGUCUCUUUCGUUUAUUGCAGCAGGUCAGCCUGAAUGUAGGCUGUUCUGGUGUGGGAGACUGACACAGCAGCUUUAAUGGCUUGGUGGCAGGCUCCAUCGGUCUGUGACCCUAGAACAAGGGGAAGCACUGAGCUGCGUGCCUCAAGAAGCCGAGAAAGGAGAGGAGCCCAGGUUCUUUGCACUGCGCUCACUUACACCCACUGUGCUGACUGGUAUAAUGGGGUGGUGGGUGCUGAUCAGCAGGUGGCUGGGAACAUGUAUUAGUACUUUGAGAUUUCAUGGAACUUCCCAUGCAAAAACUACCGCUUUCCGUCUCUGUCAUGCAUUUAACUGCCUCUUGUGUACACGUCUUCUUUAUUUUUAGAGUUACAGCGUGGAACAGGCCCUUCUGAUCCUUUGAGCCACACUGCCCAGCAACACACUGAUUUAACCCUAGGCUAAUCACAUUGAGCAAUUAACCUGCUAACCAGUACAUUAUGGACUGUGGGAGGAAACCAGAACGCCCAGGGUAAGCCCACACACAAAGGGGAAGGAACAUACAAACUUGCUUACAGAGGACGCUAGAAUUGAACUCUGAUGCCCCAAGUUGUAAUAACGUCACAUUAACCACUAUGCUACAGUGGCACUCCAAUACUGAUACCUGAUGAAGGGAGCUGGCCCAAGAUGUCAGGUCUUUAUUCCUCUCCAUAGAUGCUGCUUGACCUGCUGUGUUUCUCCGGCAUUUUGUGUGUGUUGCUCUGGAUUUCUAGCAUCUGCAGAAUCUCUUGUUUUCUUGUUUAUACCUGGUACUUGUGGGGUUCUUCAUUUAAAUUCUGGCACUUUGAGCUACAUGUUUCCUGUAUUGGCUUCUACACUGGAUUGGAAAUUGUGGACAAGCGCUCAUUUUUUCUAACAUUGGGGAAGACGUUAAGACUUUUUGUCUGAAAGCAGUGUGGGACAAAUGAAACCAGAGAAUAUUUUAUUAAUUCACUUUAUACUAAACCCAGUAAAGCACUUGAAUCCUCCAAGCCCAUUUUAAUUCUUUAAAGGAAAAAUAUUUGCCAAAGAUAUAAGUAAAAACAAUGUUAAGCAAUAUAGUCUGUAAGAAUUUUCAGGAAAGCAAAACCUCAGGCACAAAACUGACGACUGCACAGAUGGAAUUUUAUGCUAAGAUUUGUUGCCAAAACUGAGUCAGUUUAAGGUAUUGUGUAUAAAGAGACACUUUGUUCUGGACUUUCUGAUUUACCCGUCAUUAUGGAUAACAAAUGAGACAUCUGCCCUCACUUCCCAUCCUGUGUGUGGGUCAGAGGUUGAUGUAGUGCACUACAGUAAUACCCAGGUGGGCAAAGAGUGUGUCCUUGGCGAGUAAUUACAACACAAGAUCAUGGUGGCUGUGUUAUAACUGAACUUUCCAGUGUAUGAUAAACUGACAUUUUAGUGCACAAUUACAAGAUGGCCAGAGAGAAGUGCUUGAAACACUACUGCAGUCCACCAGCUAGAAUCACAGCGAUCCUGGGUCCUGGGUGCAGUCCUUAAGACAUAGAAGUAGAAUUACGCCAUUCAGUCCAUGGAGUCUGCUCUUCCAUUCUAUCAUGACUGAUUUAUUAUCCCUCUCAACCCCAAUCUCCUGCCUUCUACCUGUUAUCUUUGACACCUAGACUAAUCAAGAACCUAUCAUUCUCCAUUUUAAAUACACCUAUUGAUUUGGCCUCCACAGCCAUCUGUAGCAAUGAAUUACACAGAUUCACCACCCCCUAAGAAAUUCUCCUUAUCUCUGUUGUAAAGGGAUGUCCUUGUAUUCCGAGGCUGUGCCCUCUGGUCCUAGACUCCCCACUACAGGACACAUCCUCUCUAUCAAGACCUUUCACUAUCCGAAAGGUUUCAAUUAGAUCCCCCCUCAUUCUUCUAAACCCCCAUCAGUACAGGCCCAGAACAAUCAAACACUAUGUUAACUUUCAUUCCUCUAGCUGAGUGGCAGUGGCAGCUGUUUGUUGAGGUGAGGGGAUGAUUGGGAUUACUGUGUGGGUGUUUGAGGUGAGAGGAUGAUUGGGAUUACUGUAUGGGUGUUUGUUGAGGUGAGGGGAUGAUUGGGAUUACUGUAUGGGUGUUUGAGGUGAGAGGAUGAUUGGGAUUACUGUGUGGGUGUUUG